GAUUGCCAAACGCCAUCUUUAAACCCCACUAGAGGCCAGCUACAGUUGCACGGGGAUAAAAAACACUGUUCUUAUAGCAGGAUAUUGACUCAGAUUGUGGAGAUAGUCUCGUUAUUUCCUGGUCCAGUGAAUUUUAAAGAGCUGCCCGACAGGAUUGUAAGAAGACGGUCACGGGACAGCGCAGGAGCCUUAAAAUGUUGUUAACGUAGCCAGAGAACAACAAUAGACGGAAAGACAACAACAACGCUAGCAGUUUGCUAAGCACUGCGCUGUUUUCAAACGCCUAACUAGGGGCUAGCUAGUGCUAGCUAAUUCAUUAGCACAUUUGUCCGACUACGCUAUAAUUUAUUCGGACGGAGGCUGUAGCUGGUUGUGGAUAUUCUGAUACACUUACCGGUUGAGUCAGCUGUUAUCUGGCUCAUUUACGACCGCUUUCUGCCUAAGUUUCUAUUGUAGCGCCAGCUAGCUAAACGCUAAGUCCUGACUUCUCGCCCUCCCCAGCGGCCCAGCCGGAGAUGUGUGGAAGAUGUCGGUGUCGGGGCUGAAGGCCGAGCUGAAGUUUUUGGAGUCCAUUUUUGAUCCAAACCACGAACGAUUCAGGAUAAUUGAUUGGAAGCCCGACGAACUGAGCUGCCAGUUUAAUGUGACUGGAGAAAAGUUGCUAAUUAUCCACUGUAACAUUACGGAAUCAUAUCCAUCUACGCCACCAAUAUGGUUUGUGGACUCUGACGACCCGAGCUUGGCACAAGUUUUAGAGAGACUGGAAGAUGUGAGAAAAGGAAGCACCCUGCUUUUGCAGCAGUUAAAAAAGCUGAUUUGUGACCUUUGUCGGUUGUACAACCUUCCUCAACAUCCUGAUGUGGAGAUGCUAGACCAGCCUCUGCCUGCAGGACCUGUGGGACAACAAGACCGAAAGCAUGGGACAGAGGAGGUCACAUCUGAAGAGGAAGAAGAGGAAGAGAUGGGGGAAGACAUUGAGGACCUGGAUCACUAUGAAAUGAAAGAGGAGGAGCCUGUUGAUGGGAAGAAAUCUGAGGACGAUGGCAUUGAGAAAGAAAAUCUGGCAAUCCUUGAGAAGAUCCGAAAGAACCAGAGACAAGACCACCUAAACGGAGCUGUAUCUGGUUCAGUACAAGCCUCUGACCGCCUGAUGAAGGAACUUCGAGAAAUAUAUCGGUCUCAGAGUUAUAAGACUGGGAUUUAUUCAGUUGAGCUUGUCAAUGACAGCCUGUACGAAUGGCAUGUUAAACUGAGAACGGUGGAUCCAGAUAGCCCUUUACACAGUGAUUUACAAGUCUUAAAGGAGAAGGAAGGAAUGGACUACAUUUUAUUAAACUUCUCAUAUAAAGAUAAUUUCCCCUUUGAUCCACCUUUUGUCCGAGUAGUUUCCCCUGUGCUUUCCGGAGGUUACGUCCUUGGAGGAGGUGCCCUUUGCAUGGAACUUCUCACCAAGCAGGGUUGGAGCAGUGCCUAUUCCAUUGAGUCUGUCAUCAUGCAGAUCAAUGCCACUUUAGUCAAAGGAAAAGCCAGAGUGCAGUUUGGAGCCAACAAAAACCAGUACAAUCUUGCCAGAGCACAGCAGUCCUACAAAUCCCUGGUUCAGAUUCAUGAAAAGAAUGGCUGGUACACGCCCCCGAAGGAGGAUGGCUAAUAGAGACUGUUGCCUUUCCUGCACCGGGACCACAUGUCUUAGAUUCUUUUCUUUUCUUUGCGACCAAUAUUGGUUUUACCCUUCAAAUAAUGAUGUUCUCUCUCAUUGACAGUUUAAAAUCCAAACCAAAUUCCUCAUUUAUUGUCUAGCCCAGAACAGGCACAUAGAUACAGAUCUGUUCACCUCCACCCACAACUGGACGCCGCUGCUACUGGCAUUGACGUCCUCUCUUCAGACGCUCAUCUCUAACUGUUUGUCUACGGUUUAAUUUUUUUUAUUUCAUUGCCCACGAUUCGGUGGACUAAAUAUCAUGUGAACUUUCCCUCGGUUUUGGCAUUGAGCACGUCAAGGCUUGUCUCUGGCUUAGAACUCAAAAGGUGUGGCAUGGCUUUAUCCUCCACUAGUGGCAGUCUGAUGCUCCACUUGCCAUUCUCUAUCUCUCUGGCCUUAAACUGGAUGUUAGACUGGCAUGCGCCAUUUCCUAUUAUGAUGCGGUGAUGGAUGGGAAGGACAUCAAGAAUGCUGGUGAUAGGAAACCCCCCUUGCCUAUGACUUCCAAGGAUGACCUCCCUAAUAUUGUGUUCUUCUUUUUAAUCCCAAGAACCCUCUUCCCCUUUUGGAGGAAAAAAACGAAGCUUCUCCUAAGUCUAGUUUGCGUUCUAAAGCUUAAAGCCCCAAGCAAGGGCAGGACAAUACAUGGACUUGUGCAGGUUUUGUUGGAGAAACCAUUUAUGAGGAUCAGCAUGCUGCUGGCUUUCAAAUGUGGAGAAAACCAUCAACAUUAUCGCAACAAGCAGCUGGACAACAUUGGUGUGCAACUAGACGUGAUUAUGAGGCAAAGCAGGAGCUCGUUUGGAUCAAAUCACACUGUAAUGUAAUUGAUUUUAACUCCACUGUAAACAUGUAAAUUUGUAUUUCUGCUAAAGGAUUUAAUUGUUUAUAUUGUAAUCUUGUGUAGGUCUUUGCCUGAGCAGAGACUGUAUUACUGAAUACUCUUGACUAUAACUUGCAGGGCCAUUGCAACCUCUUAAGACCAAUUUAAAAUAAAGUAACAUUAUAGAUACUUCUGAAGUAUCUGAAGGAAGCGAAAGUGCACCAGGUCCUUGUACAAGCCUAAUGACUACUGCAAUCCAGAUCUUAUUUUUUGGUAACCCUAUCUUUCAGUGGAGCUCUAAUACUACAAUGGCUGUUACAAUAUUGUUGGUCAGCUGUCAGUAGCAUACCAGAGGUUUAGCCAUUCAUAUCACUCCAACAGGCUGAACCUUUCUACGGCUAUGCAGUGGGGACACAUUCUGGAGUUUUAACUGAAGCCAAUUCUUAAAGCUGGUUCACUUCCUAACUACUUCACCUAUUUAACAUCUGAGGUAAAAAGUGACCUUUACCCUCUGACUUUUCUCUGACCUCAGUGCUGCUUUAAAAUGCAGCCGGAGUUCCAGAUUCACAGCAAUACUCUUCUCCAUUAUAACAUUUUCGCUUCACGCCCGGAAAGAUCACCCUGGGGUCUGUUCUGUUUCCAGAAUAUCAGUUCAGGUUUUAAUAAAUAUUUGUUGAGCUUUGCCACAGGAAAAACUUGAGCUCGUCCCAUUACCACUUCCCUGGUUUACUAUUCAUGACCACUCUCAGCGCGGCUGCACACCCUCAGCGUGUUGAGGCUUUGGUGUAAUAUUAACUGGGGCAUUCCAGUUAAUGCAGUGACAUGUUUUUUGUAGGUGUUCUGUUGUGUUGUUACUUGGAUUUUUUUUUUUUAAGUAUAUCAUCCCGAUAACCAGCUUAGAAGGCUUAGUUUUGCCAUUUCGGAGUGAACUCUCAUUUAUGAAUGGAUUUUUGGCUUUCCAGAGUGACGACUAACUCCAGAAUGGUUUAAAGUUUGUUCAUGUCCAACUCAUCUUAAAUUAGUUUUCCUGCAAGAUACCUUUUUAUAUGAAACAAACUACCAGAUCAUAGGCAUGAUUGUUAGCUGUUGUAAUGUGUUUGUAUUGUAUUAUUCAUCCCAUUCUGCUUACAUUCUGCUUACAUUGUUUAGCCCUCCCUUGCAUUUUCUGGACAAGCAAACUCAGGAAUACAUACUGCACACUCAACUUUGCAAACGAUUGGUUCAGGCCAUCAUUGAUGGCAAGAUUGAAUGUCUUGGUCUAUUUUUGUUCCCCCCCGUUAUUAAAACUACACCCGUGUUGACAUCUUGGUGUGUUUUGCCGAUGCAUUCCACGCAUUGUGAUUGAGGCUAGCGAUUUCUAAUGACGUGAUCAGAUGUGUGAGGCAGAGAUUGCUCCAACCCUGGUUGAAGGGUUCAGAGCACAUGUACCCUUUCUCUUUGAUAUUGCUGUUUUUUGCAUGUCAGUAUAGUAGUGGGUAUAAUUUCUUCCCCUGCCUCCCCUUGUGUUGGGAAACGGAGUGGUUACUUUGGGUAAUUAAUAAAAGACUGGGAAUAUAAUUAGUUGUGGUUUCCCCCACUGCAUCGGAGCACAGCCCCUAUCGGAGACACCUUGGGCUGGUUAGCUCGUCCUUCUGGUCUACCUUUAAAGAUGCCAGGUUGAUUCCCAUGAAUAACAGCAGCUAAGAUUCAUGUGCUAGACAUCAUACAUGAAGCUGAUUUCUUUUGGAACAUUGACGUACUCGAGUGUGGUGCCCUGAACAACAGUUUCUCUCACACCAACCCAUUUCUGACUAACAAGGACUUCUCAGAUUAGACGAGUGACGCAUUGGUCUGAGACCUGAACAAGCCUGAUAUUGGUCUCUUUACCUUGCAUCAUUAUCUGCGGUGGCCGGGUUAUAAAGUUAUGCACUGUAAGCAUGCUUUGGUUUGGUUUCUUUUUUUCUUUUUUUUUCCUGUUGCAAGGGUGAUUUUGACAAUGUAAAAUAAUUUGUAAACUUGCAUCAAGUUUAUGAAUAAAGACUUUUAUGAAAUAUA